AUGGAAGCUACGCUUCCUCCCCAGGAAAACAUGAGCAACGCGUCCCAACUUGACUCCCUCACCCAGAGGGAGUCUUCUGUGAGUGUGCAGAGCCUGAUCUCCAGACCCUUACAGCCCAUCCCCGACCCCUCCGCCUCCAAGCGAGUGUGCUUCUACAAGAGCGGGGACCCCAAGUUCGGCGGGCAUCGCAUGGUCAUCAACGGCAGGACCUUCAAGACCUUCGAUGCCCUUCUGGACGCCCUCUCCAAAAAAGUGCCUCUGCCCUUCGGGGUCCGGACCAUCAGCACCCCCCGGGGAACCCACUCGGUCCGGGGCCUGGAGGAUCUGCACGACGGCGGGUCGUACGUGUGCUCGGACCGGAGGCGCGUCAAGCCUCUAAACCUGGACGUGGUCCAUCGGCGGAAGGUACCGUGGAACACCACCAGGCCUCCGAGCACCGGUCGGCGAAGCUACGGCAGGCGGAACGAGGGCCCCGACAGGGCCGACAAGAUCGGCAGAAGGGUCUCGGUACGGACCCCCAAGAGGCUGGUGGUGGUGAAGAACAGGGACAGCACGGUGAAGCGCACGGUGCUGCUGCAGAAGAGAACAGCGCCGACGUUUGACGCUCUGUUGGAUUACCUCUCUCAGGUCAUGCAGUUUCCUGUUCUGAAGCUUUACUCCAGCGAUGGCAGAAGGGUUGAUGGGCUUGCUGCUCUUAUUUUGUGUUCUGGAGUUAUUGUAGCUGCAGGCAAUGAACCGUUUCGAUUGGGAAACUACAAUACACAAACCUCGUCCAAAUACAUCUCUCUCUGACUCUCUCACUCUGAAACCUUGCAAUAUUAAAUGCCUUCAAAUGAAGAUGACAACAAACCCCACUCAAGCGGAAGGGGCUCCAGGAACUUCUCCUUAUCUUCAGAGAGAUAUAUGGCUGAUCAGAUAAACAAGUCUCUGAAUGGAGGCAUUCACACUCACCAACAUCCCCACAAUGGAUCACUAGAAACAGACCCCGAUGGAAACCACACAGACAUGGAUAUGGAGACACAGGAGCCACCCCGCUCCUGCAUCAUGCCACAAGAUGAGGAUAUUGAGAAGUCCUUCCGUGUGAACCAAGAUGGAAGCAUGACAGUGGAGAUGAAGGUCCGUCUGACCAUCAAGGAAGAGGAGCUUCUCCACUGGACAACAACGCUUAGCCGCAGCAGCCUUAACAGCAGGACAGCUUGUGCCUCGGGGUCUGGGACAGGCUUAAGCUUGCCUGACUCAAACAACGUCAUGGACAACGAUUCUUCUAGCAGCUGCCAUGAUGCAGCCAAAGAAGAAAACCAACCUGUGGCAAAUGGAAAGAGUGUUGGCUUCGGUGACGAGAGAGCAUGUGAAAGUUAUCCUUCCACAGAAUCAGAAAGAACAAAAUCAGGUUUCAAGCGCAACUCAACGCCCGGUCCUCAUCAUGUUAGAACAAACACAUCGGUAGAGAGCAUCAAAACGGUAACGGAGUCAGGGGUUCGAGAGAGCACCAUAGGGCGGUAUUCAUACACAGAGAAGACAGCCGAAGCAGAGGUGACUGAGGCGUACUGUGUGGUCAGACACAACACCACCAGCAGCAGUAGCAGCACCAGCAGCAGACCUGUCCCACACCCGCGGAGAACUGCAUCAGCUCGGGAUACCAAUAAAGCAUUGCACCCCUCCAUCCAAUCAGAAGUGGUAGCCGAUGUCCUCCAGUUAGAAAACAAUGGAGUGGAGAUCACAGAGACAGUGAUGCACAUCUAUGAGAGGCAGGGCGGUUACGACAAUUUAGCAAAGAAUGAAUAUAUUAAUGAAAAUCCAAGGAGUAAUUCGGCCUCCCUUGAAUCAAGAGAACACUCAGGGAGUGUUGAUGGUGAUGUUGAUUUUACACCCCCAUCCUCCAGUCCUGAUUCAAAGCACAGACCUAAAGAAGUGUUCUCGCUGUCGUCAGAGCCGAUAUCUCCCAAACAAAGGUCUCAAAGUAGCAAUGAAUCUCAGAGUAAAACAAAUCCAAAAGGGACUCCAGCUAAAGCAGAUGUAAAAGAAAAAAAAAAUCCAGCACGAUUUGGGGCAAAGAAAAAGGCAAUGAAUCCUGCAGGAAAGAUGAAAAGCACCCCGUCGUCUAGUAACUCAGAAGCUAAACAAAAAGAUAGUUCCUCAAAGACAACCAAUAGUUCAUCUGCGGAGAAGCUCCGUGAUCACAAUGCCGGUAAAAAGAGUGGUACUUCAUCUGAAAGUAGUAAAAAAGGUCAGAAGGGCAAGGAAACGGAACUGCUUCAAUCUGUCAAAAAAGGGAGAAGGUCAGACAAAUCAUCCAGUGAAAAACAAGCCAUCUCACCCAACAUUGACCAAGUGAAAAGUCAUUCAACUAAGAGAGAGGGGAAGAUAAGAGAGAGGGCUCCCAGGGAAAAUGGCUUCAAUAUAAACAUCCCUGAAAAGGAAAUGGCAAGGCCUCCAAUGAAGAAAAACUUGCACAAUAUUGUACAACCAAAACAGUUACAUGGGCAGGUCAAAAAGGGAUUAAACAGGCAAAAGUCCUUGAGUGAAAAGAAAAUCGCAUCACCAAAACCAACUGAGUUAAGUGAGAGUGUUUCAAUGCCAGUUAUCAAUCCUUCACCCUCUGAGGUCAAUCAAUAUGUUGAAAAGUGGCUGGAGACUCAAAUGAGCCCAGACUCAGUCCCAUACUUUGAGGAGGCAACUGUAAAGGAACCAGAAAAGGAACCGGAGCUUCCAACAAAGGUUGUCUUUCAGUUAGGUGGUGAUUCCGAAUCUGAGGCUGUGAAUGAAUGUCAGACUAACACAUCAGCAAAUAAUCUUUCACAUGGAGAUGCUCUCCUAACAUCAAAGUCUGGCCUACUAGUCCCCUUAUGCCAGGAAGGUUUUACAACAGACAACACACAGAGAUUGAGGGGACUAUGCGUUUCAAUGCCGAGCGUCAGAAUAGACCCCGCAGAGCAAGAGAAAACAUUGAGGAUGCACCGAUCUUCUGAGGCCUUUGGUCCAGUUGAGAACGAACCAUCGUCAUCCGUCUCCAAUCUCUUACCAAACCCAGCUACAGUAAAUCCAGUGCUACGGCAACUUUUCUCCUCCAGUCAGUGCAUCAGAAGGGCCUCCGAGACCGAGAAUCCAGGUAAUAUCAAAAAAUCUAAGAGCCUUGCGGAUUUCUCAACACAAGUGGCCACAGUAUUUGGGACUCCCUCUAGAGCUUUCAUUUCGUUCUUGUCAGCGGUGACCCUGCGAGAAUCACUAAAAGGGGCUGUGGCAGGAGAAAGCCAUCUUCCAAGAAGCACUUCAGAAGCAAUGCUAGUGAUGGAAUCGUUGCAGAAGAUUUCCACUAUAGACGAUGAGUUGUUGCAGCGAUCAAGUCUAACAGAUUUGCAUAACAGCACAUCCUCUGACCUCAGAGAUCGCUGGAGAGAUUUCCAGGUGCACAGAGAGAGGCUUAAAAGUGAACCGCUUUCACCCAAAGUCUCUGAGCAAGAGUUUGCACUAGAUGUCUCAGAACCAGGUGACAUGUUUGAUAUGACAGACAUCAUGGACGAGCUCAACAUGCCACAAGACCUACGAGAGCAAAUCUCAUCAACGAUUAGACAAACUAUGAGCUUCUAUCCUGAAGACGAAGAGAGCACAUUCAUUGAAAGGGAAAAGCAUCAUUCAGAAUCAGAAGAAGAACUGGAGAGAUUUCACAAAGAAAAUGCAGAUGAGACAAAACUGUCACAAGAGCCUGACUCAUUGAGCAUCGCAGAGGAAAAAGAAAAUAGCCAGCUUCCUACUGAAGACUUGAAUGGCACUAUUAAGAGACAAUCACUGUGUCAAGAACGAAAUGAUCCCAUCUCUGAUUCAAAACUAGAAGUAGAUGAAGUUCAGGAAAUGAAAGAAGCAGGAGAGACAGAUACUUGGGAGCAUGAAGAUCAAUCAAAGCACCUUGAAAAUCUCUCUGAGCCAGGGCUAGUGACCGAUGACUGUGGUUCGGAAACAUCAGUAAACGCAAAAAAGGAAGAAGUAGAGCGAGAUAGCCUCAAAGAUGGAUAUCAGGAAAGGUUGACAGAGUUGGAGAAUGAAGUAGAACACGGAGAGGAGGAGUUUGAAAAGCUUUUACAGAAGGAAGAAGUACUAGAGGAGACACAGGAUGAAGACAACAACAGUUUAAUGAGUGUCAAGGCGAAAAGGGAGAGGGAUGAAGCUGGUGAGGAGAAUAUAGAGGAUGACAUGGAAAGAUGGAAAGAGGAGGAAGCUAGCACGCCAGAGGUGGGUGAGGACGUUAACAAGGAAAUCCUUGAGGUGAAGAGUGAGGAGGAGGAAUGGUGUAAGCAGGGAAUAGAUGAAAAAGAACUAGAUGAAGGCCAGACCGAGCCAGGGAAGUUUACAGACAGUAACAAAGGGGAGGCCACAGGCGAUAGCUCAGGAGAAAUGGGAUUUACAGACAAAGAAAACGAGGUUGAUGAGGAGGAUGAGGAACCAGAGGUUGUGGAGGAAAAAGAAGCAGAUUCUGUGGAAGAUGAGCUGGAAAAGGGUAGCCCAAUCGAAAAAGCGGUGGCGGAAGAGGAUGACAAAGGAGAGUCAACUGAUGAAGAGGGAGAAGGAGGCGUGGCAGAUAAGGAAAUGGGGGAGGAGAGUUGUGAAGAGAGUGAUGAGGAGAGUUGCAGAAAGGACAUUGAGGAGGGGAAAGACGAGGAAGAUGAGGUUGAUAUAGAAGCUGAACAGCAAGUUGAGGGGGAGCAAUCAUCUGUUGAAGAAAAGGAAGAUGAGGUUGAUUUAGAAGCCGAACAGGAAGUUGAGGGGGAACAAUCUUCUGAUGGAUCAAAGGAAGAUGAGGUUGAUUUAGAAGCUGAACAGGAAGUUGAGGGGGAACAAUCUUCUGUUGAAGAAAAGGAAGAUGAGGUUGAUUUAGAAGCUGAACAGGAAGUUGAGGGGGAACAAUCAUCUGAUGAAGAAAAGGAAGAUGAGGUUGAUUUAGAAGCUGAACAAGAAGUUGAGGGGGAACAAUCAUCUGAUGAAGAAAAGGAAGAGGAGGUUGAUUUAGAAGCUGAACAGCAAGUUGAGGGGGUAAAAUCAUCUGAUGAAGAAAAGGAAGAUGAGGAUGAAGAGGAUGCAUUCGAUUUAGGUGUGAGAGCGGAGGAGACUGAUUUAAAUGAAGAAAAGGAUGAACCAACUGGCAAACUGCUUAUUGCUUAUGCAGAUAUCUCUAUCUGUGAAGAAGACAAUAACGAUAAUAGCGACAAUGAGAAAGCCAAUAAGAAAACUGAAGAGGAAACCGAUGAGGCCGGAUCAUUAAAAUCAUGUUUUAAUGAAAGUCAGUUUGAAGAUGAAAAGGAUAACGCGUCCGAUACUGCCCAUGAUCUAAGAUCAGAGGACGGAGGUAAUGAGGAAGAAGAGGAAAACAGAAGCCAGAUACCCACACCAGUGGAAAUAUCACAAGAGUUAAUAGACUUUGUUAACUCCGCCCUUCAAUCUUCUUCCCUUAAAUUCACAUACGAUAUUCUGGGAAACGUUCGGAUAGAACCUGAUCAAGCUAAGGUCAUACACACGCAACAAAUGCUAAUGACAAGGGGCAGAGAGGACAUUCUGUAUCGCCUGAAGCAACUCCCAAGCCCCAACACAUCUGACUUAUCUGACUACAGGCCAGAGACCUCAGUGAGUGGAGGAUAUAACACUCAGGAAUCCAUAGAUAUCGUCACAGGGAGUGGGGAUGAGCUUGAAAACAUGUCUCUUGGAAAUGGGGAUCCAGCACCGGGAUCUGAAAUGUCUGAUCAGACUUCUCAGCUCACUGACUCAAUUCCAUCCCUUAAUAGUAACUCAGGACCAGGGUUAAAAACGUUUUCUUCCUCUCACUCUGGUACUAAGGCAUCAAAAGAGGACCUUUCUUAUUCCAGUGCUGCCGGUUCGCUGAAGGAAGACCCAGAGGGGGCAUCACAGGUGGCAGAUCUGAAUUCAAAUGGUGGCGUUUUGAUAGAUAAAGGUAGAUGGCUCCUUAAGGAAAACCACUUAAUCCGUAAAUCCCCCCCAGCCCUGAUGGGUAUGUACGACGAUGCAGAUAGUUCCCCGGGUAUGUCUCCAGAUAACACCAGUGAAGAUUCUCAUCAACAUGCCUUGACCCACCAACACCCCCUUGCAGUCCUAUCCUCCUCAGAUCUUGAAGAGAUGGCUAAGCCUCACAGACCUAAAUGCAACUAUUACAACAUGCCACACGGAAGUGACUCAGAUCCCUUUCUGGAUGACCUCAGCAUAAAAAGUUCAAAGCGGAAAGCAAGUAACGGCAAAGGAAAAGGCCUCAAGGUCUCGCCCACUGUUGACACUUCCAAAACGUGGCUUAAGAAGAACGGCAGUCUCUCUUCAUUCGCGUCAGUGGAAUUCAAGAUGCAAGACAGCAGGGUGCAUCCUGAGGGGGAUCGAGCAGCUGUUGCACCGGCUACAACCCCCCCUGGUGGAGCAGGGCAUGUACUGCUAGCACAGGACUCAGUUGACGAGUUCCGUCGGAGGUGUGGGCAGUACUGUCCCAUCUUAUGA